CUUCUCUAAGGUGUCUUGUAAACCUUCAGACUUGGACACAGCGAAAUGGCUUUGCUCCUGCUUUACUUUUUUCUUGUCUCUGGAGAGCUAUAUUCUUGUAAUGCUCAAACAACAGACGGAAAUACCAGUCCUUCAGCUGAAACAUUAGGAAAUGCCAAUGCAACAGCUGAAACAAUUGUUACAAAUGCCAAUGCAACAGCUGAAACAACUGUUGGAUUUGCCAAUAGAACAGCUGAAACAACUGUUGGAUUUGCCAAUACAACAGCUGAAACAACUGUUACAAAUGUCAAUGCAACAGUUGGUCCAGGCUGCUCAGAUCCACCAAUACUGUGCUGCGCAGGUCAGAAUAAUAGCUGUCGUAGGGUGACAUGUUACUGUGAUCAGGCCUGUGUGACGAUCGGGGACUGCUGCUCUGACUUUAAGUUGACCUGCAUGCACUUCUUCAAUUCAACCAAUAGCAGCACUCCUUCUCCACCCCUGACGGAGACCACUGUGUCACAAGCCUCUGAAACUUCUGCUGACUAUAAAACAUCAACUUCCACAUUUACAGAUUUUCAGUCUUUGACACUUCACCUAAAAGUCUCUCUGUUAACCCGAGGUAGCAUUAACAAUUCUGUGAUUUCUGAGGCUUUGUCUAGCUAUUUAUCCCGCGUCCUUCUUCAGCCGACCUGUAAAAAUUGUUCUCUGAGAAUCAAGCACAUCGUAUUCAACUAAACCCACAGGAUUAGAGCUGUACUGUAUAUGAAAACAAAGUGACGCAGUCAUUGAAGUUGACAGAGUGGGUGGUGCAGCCAACGUUCUGGAGUUACAAUUUCUGUCUUUUAUUGGUACCAAUCAUUAUUUUAAUUUUUUUUUUUUUUGGCAGAUUCUAAGCUCUUUUUUUCCUCUGCAAAACCUGGUAAAGAAUAUCAUUGUUCUGUAAACCCAGAUAAACAAUUAAACAAAUUCUACAAUAAACUGUUGAAGGAAAAUGGCAUUGAU